GAGGAAACUGAAGGCUGAGGCAGGGUGAGUGUUAAUCCAACAUUUUUAUUAUUUUACUGUCAGAGUCUCUGAGUCAGUUUUCUCCCGUCGACUGUAGAGGAAAGAAAUGUUAGAAUGAACUCAACAGUUUGAUUCAUCUGUGGACACAAAGCCGUGAUUGGCUGAAUAAUAAGUCCAGAAGAUGAGUGUUUGCGUGGAGGAAGAGGAGGACAGAGCAGAGUCUCCAGGAUCCAGCUGUCUGUCUAUGAAGAGGGGCCAGUCCAAAGCGGAUCCUCCAGGCUUCAGUGAUGAACCUGGACCCUCAGACACAAAAGUUGAGUCCAACAGACAGAGAGCAGAGUCUCCAGGAUCCAGCUGUCUGUCUCUGAAGAGUGACCGGUCCAAAGGUUUUCUUCCAGACUUCAGUAAUGAACCUGGACCCUCAGACACAAAGUUGUGUGUCUUACACUGCAUCACCUCAUACUGGGACCAGUCUGCUUCAUCAGGAGACUCCUCCUGUCCCCAGUGUGGAGAAAGAUCCAGAACAAGACCUGGACUGCAGACAGCCCGUCAGACCAGGACUGUACAAAUGAGUGGUGGUCUGCAGGAGGUUUUAGAUGAACAUAAGAUCAGUCUGAGGAGGAGAUGUGAACGUGUGACUGAAGGAAGUGAUGAAACAGGAAGUGGAACCCUCCUCAACAGGAUCUACACUGAGCUCUACAUCACAGACGGACAGCGUGAAGAGGUUAAUACCCAACAUGAGGUGAGGCAGCUUGAGACAGCUUCCAAGAUGAAGACCCUCCAUGACACUCCAAUCAAGUGCCACGACAUCUUUAAAGCCUUACCUGGCCAACAGGGACACAUCAGAGUCGUUCUGACGAACGGCGUCGCUGGCGUUGGAAAAACCUUCUCGGUGCAGAAGUUCACUCUGGACUGGGCAGAGGACUUGGAAAACCAAGACGUCAGUCUGCUGAUUCUGCUUUCGUUCAGGGAGCUGAACUUGAUCAGAGAUGCGCGGUACAGUCUUCUCCAGCUGCUCCAUGUUUUCCAUCCAACAUUACAGAAGGUCACAGCAGAGAAGCUCGCUGUCUGUAAACUUCUGUUCAUCUUUGACGGCCUGGAUGAAAGCAGACUUUCACUGGAUUUCCACAACAAUGAGGUCGUGUCUGAUGUCACACAGAAGUCAUCAGUCAACGUGCUGCUGACAAACCUCAUCGAGGGGAAUCUGCUUCCCUCGGCUCUCGUCUGGAUCACUUCCCGACCUGCAGCAGCCAAUCAGAUCCCUCCUUCAUGUGUUGGCAGGGUAACAGAAGUACGAGGCUUCACUGACACCCAGAAGGAGGAGUACUUCAGGAGGAGAUUCAGUGAUGAAGAGCUGUCCAGCAGAAUCAUCUCGCACAUCAAGACAUCCAGGAGCCUCCACAUCAUGUGUCUAAUCCCAGUCUUCUGCUGGAUCACUGCUACAGUUCUGGAGCACAUGUUGACUACAGACCAGAGAGGAGAGCUGCCCAAGACCCUGACUGACAUGUACUCACACUUCCUGCUGGUUCAGACAAAGAGGAAGAAGCAGAAGUAUGAUGAGGGUCAUGAGACGAGUCCACAGGAGCUGACAAAGGCUGAUAGGAAGGUUCUUCUGAAGCUCGGGAGGCUGGCGUUUGAACAGCUGGAGGAAGGAAACAUCAUGUUCUACCAAGAAGAGCUGGAGCAGUGUGGUCUGGAUGUCUCAGAGGCCUCGGUGUACUCAGGAGUUUGUACAGAGAUCUUCAGAAGAGAGAGUGUGAUCUUCCAGAAAACAGUCUACUGCUUUGUUCAUCUGAGCGUUCAGGAGUUUCUGGCUGCCGUCUACAUGUUCCACUGUUACACCAACAGGAAGACAGAGGUACUGAAGGCAUUUCUGGAAGAUGAUGAUGACGACAGGGACUCAAACCCAAAGUCUUUUCUCAAAAAGAUUUUUAAGACUAUUGGAAACAAUGAUAGCCCAUCCCUGGGAACCCAACAUGUUGAUUCAACCCUGGACGUCUUCCUGAGGAGUGCCAUGGAGAAAUCUCUCCAAAGUGAAAAUGGCCACCUGGACCUGUUUGUUCGCUUCCUUCAUGGCCUCUCUCUGGAGUCCAACCAGACACUCUUAGGCGGCCUGCUGGGUCGGACAAACAACAGUCCAGAAAUCAUCCAGAGAGCCAUCAACAACCUGAAGGAGAUGAACAGUGAUGAGAUCUCUCCUGACAGAAGCAUCAACAUCUUCCACUGUCUGAUGGAGAUGAACGACCACUCAGUCCAUCAGGAGAUCCAAGAGUUCCUGAAGUCAGAGAACAGAUCAGAGAAGAAACUCUCUGUGAUCCACUGCUCAGCUCUGGCCUACAUGCUGCAGAUGUCAGAGGAGGUUCUGGAUGAUUUGGACCUGAAGAAGUACAACACAUCAGAAGAGGGACGACAGAGACUGAUUCCAGCUGUGAGGAACUGCAGAAAGGCUGUACUUUCCUACUGUCGACUCUCAAAGCCUCACUGUGAAGUCGUGGCCUCAGCUCUGAAGUCCAACCCCUCCCAUCUGAGAGAGCUGGACCUGAGUCGCAACAACCUGCAGGGUUCUGGAGUGAAGCUGCUGUCUGCUGGACUGGAGAGUCCACACUGCAGACUGGAGACACUGAGAUUGAGUGGCUGCAAGUUAUCAGAGACCAGCUGUGCUUCUCUGGCUUCAGCUCUGAAGUCCAACCCCUCCCAUCUGAGAGAGCUGGACCUGAGUAACAACAAGCUGCAGGAUUCAGGAGUGAAGCUGCUGUCUGCUGGACUGGAGAGUCCACACUGUAGACUGGAGACUCUGAGAUUGAGUGGCUGCAGUUUGUCAGAGAUCAGCUGUGCUUCUCUGGCCUCAGCUCUGAAGUCCAACCACUCCCAUCUGAGAGAACUGGAGCUGAGUGACAACAAGCUGCAGGAUUCAGGAGUGAAGCUGCUGUCUGCUGGACUGGAGAGUCCACACUGUAGACUGGAGACUCUGAGAUUGAGGGGCUGCAGUUUGUCAGAGAUCAGCUGUGCUUCUCUGGCCUCAGCUCUGAAGUCCAACCCCUCCCAUCUGAGAGAGCUGGACCUGGGUGACAACAAGCUGCAGGAUUCAGGAGUGAAGCUGCUGUCUGCUGGACUGGAAAGUCCACACUGCAGACUGGAGACUCUGAGAUGGAAGUGAUCUCAGCAGCAGCUGGUGUGUGGAGAGGCUCUGACUGGGCCAUGUUACUGGGAGGUGGAGUGGAGAGGAGAGCUUCAUCCAGCAGUGACUGACGGAGGAAUCACAACAAGUGGAGUCUCAGUGCUGCAGUCUGAACUGCUCUGGGAUCAGCUCCACUGUCAGACACAAAGGCAAGUCCACCAUCGUCCCUGUGUGUUCCUCUGGAUGUGGCAGAGUAUCAUCAGUGUAUCUGGACUCUCUGCUGCUGCUCUGUCCUUCUACACAGUCUCUGCAGACACACUGAGACUCCUUCACUCCUUCUGCUCCACACUCAGCCACCUCCUCCACCUGCACCUGGACCUGGUCCUGCACCUGCACCUGGACCUGCACCUGCACCUGGACCUGCACCUGCACCUGGACCUGAACCUGGACCUGGACUUUAUUUAGUCUUUUUUUAUUCCUUCACAUAUUCUGAACCCAAAGUGCCUCUGCAGAUUAGUUCUGUUUAUGACAACAUAACUGCAGAUUAACACUUAUUUAAAUGGUUUCUCUGUUUUGUUUUCUGUUACAUCUCCACCUUGUGGAAUGAUGGAGAAUUGCAGUUAAUUUCCACAUUAUAUUUCUAAUUCAUUUUGGAAGUUGAUGUGAGAAAGCAGCAUCCAGCCUGAAUGCAUAAAGUUACCUCUCUGAAGUUCUGGUUAUUACCACCAAUACCAGACUUUUCUCUUAGUUUAACAGUUUGUAACACAGAAACAAGAAGAUAAAACCUGUAGAAAGUUUAAUCGAAGCUUCACUGAGUUUCACAAACUGAAACAUGAUUCUGACUCCAAACUCAAGUAUCAUUGUUAUUAGUGCAAGAUUAUAUAUCUAUUAGCUUUUUAAAAUAGUCUGUUUUGCUAGUAUAUCCCAACAGAUUGUGUUAUUGCAGAGAACUGAACUAAAGAACUGAAGUCUGGUGAUAAUUAUCUGUGGGUUUGUCACUAUGAACGACCUCUUUCACGUCCUCAUUUGAUCCAUUGUUAAUAUACAAAUAUUGAUUAGAGAAGCUUGUAGUUACUGAAAUAUCUCUGGAUGUUGGUGAAAAGCCAGUGCCAGUGCCAGUGUCUUAAACCUUGGUCACACACUGAACACCAGAACAUUUUAAUAACUUGGUUUAUAAUAUUUUUUUCUUUUGACAUCAAAUGAAUCAGAAAAUAUGUCAAAUAUAACAGAAAAAGUACUAACUAUAAACUGUAGUGUCAUUAUUAGUGAUUUAGAUGAUGUACAUGUAUAUAUUUGUUCCGUUUUCUCAUAUCUUUGUUUUAUCUCUUUAUGUAUUCUUGCUUUUGUUUUUUAUUAAGAAAUACACAGAUUCUCUAAAAAGCAGAUUAGUUUAAAUUAAGUGCCACCUGGAUUUUAUGUUCCCAAACAUGAUUUCAAAUGAUUGUUUCCUGCUGCAAGAGGACAAUUCUUUUUUUGUCAAUAAGUUCUUGGGAAUUUUGGUUACCCAGAUAUUAAGACACUAAAUUACAUGAAGGACAAAACAAAAGGAGAGCAAGUAGACACAUGGUACUGCAUCCACAUGUGUCAAAACACUGUGUAUCAUAAAACUUAAAGAUUAAACACCCAAUGUCUGAAAAAUAUUAGUAAAAUGUCCAAAAAGUGUACUGUGUUCAUUUUGACAUUAAGAAAUGACAGAAUCAAAUAAACUCAAAUCAAAUCUUUUGACAUGA